AUUUUAAUAUUUAAAAGUUGGUAACAAGAAUCAAAUGCUGUUCCGCUGUUUUAGGGCUGCAACCCUAAGAAUUUUGUAAAACAUACGCAUUUGAAAUUGCCGAUGGAAAGCAGGGAACGUUAAACGAUAAGGUUGAGCAAUUAAAGGCUUAAGUGGAGACGACAAGGAAUAGAACUCAACUGAGGGCAGGACACCGGAAUCGACGCCAACUUGCGGCUUAUCGGGCGUGUCUCUGUGUACGUAUUACCUCGGUCCUUUUGUAUGGUAGUCAGAAUGUUAGAGCGGGCUGCGCAUGGUGCAAAUUGUGGCAGUUGAAAUACUCGGUGGUCGGUCGUAUAUACAUAUGUACAUAGAAGCAUACAUAGAAUAUCUGGGCAACUAGCAGUGAGCGACAGACACGGUCAGAGGGAGGUCAGAGGUCACAGGUCACAGGGAGGGAGCGGUGCUUCAGUUGUGUGAGGUAUGCAAAUAAACGGUCUUGCUGCCGGACCAACCAUGGCCGCAUCAGAGCCACCAGAGCCGCCGCCACGCAAUCCGGAUCGCAUAAAUGCCUCUCUGCACAAGCUCGGCGAAUCCAAAAUUGUCAAGUCGCUGGACUCGAGUGGAAUUGGGCUCAAAGAGAAGUCCGUCAACAACAACAAGCCCGUGAAGCCGCUGCUUUCCCUUGACAGCAGCAGCCAGGUGGGCGUGGCAGCUGUCUCAUCUUCCACCUCAACGGCAUCAGCAACAGGAGCGGGAUCCGGAACAGGAACGGGAACGACUCCACCUGUGAAACCGCCCACACUGCUGGCCAACAAACGGGACUUGACGCCCUCCGCCUCCGACAGCAGCUCCCCAGCGAGCUCGAAUGGAAGCAAUCAGACACUAACGCCACCCAUGACCAUCGACAACCAGAACCGACUGGCCGCCAAGGGCGACACAUUGGGGCAAUCUCAAGCCCAAGUUAUUGGGAUACCGCAGUCGCAAUUAGUGAAUGGCAGCAGCGCCGUCUCCAUCUCCACAGCAGCCAUGAUCCAUGCCAAUAAUUCCAAUUUGAUUUCAACUGGUCACUUGGCCCAGGUCUCACCAAGCAGCACACAACUCAGUGCCGAGUCGGCCAUGAAGCUACGUGAUGAGAACGAUCGUCUGAAUGCGGAACUUCUGCGUCUGCGACGUCUGCUCGAGCACUCGACGGAUGGUGCUGUGGGUGGAGUUGAGCCCGGCCUGGAUGUGGACGCAGUGCAGCCUGUGGCUUCACAGGAGCGUAUCGAACGCCUGGAGACGGAACUGCGCAGCGUCAAGAACCAGCUGCUGACCAUGCGGCUGGAGCGAAAGAAACUGCGCACAGACAAAUCCGAUCUCCUGGGCCAGGUGAAGCAGCUGUGUGCCUCCCUCCAGGAGAAGGAGCAAGAACUACGCGACUUCAUUCGCAACUAUCAGGAUCGGGUGAGAGAGACUGAGUCCACCAACGCCAAGCUGUCGGGUGAUCGCGAUCGGGAACGCUUCCAACUGCUGAAGCAGGCGCGGGACGAGGCCGAAAGAUCACUGGCUCUGGCCCAGCAGCUCUCGGCCCGCGAUCUGCAGCUGCAGCGCCUCCAGGAGCAACUCCAAGAAGCGCGUCGCCAGCUAAGUGGAUGCCUCUCCGACCAGGAGAGUCUGCACUCCUUUGCGCCACUGACGCCUCCCUCGGCUGCCUCCGGUUUGCUCGGCUUAGCCGGAGGAUCGUGUGUGGUCAGCGGCUUGAGUGGACUCCGCACAGCCGAUGACAGCGCGAGAGGCAACUCCAACUCCUUGUCUGCCUUCAGCGGUAGUCUAAGCGGCGGCUCCGGUGCCACCGUCGGAGAUCGCAACUCCUGCUCCAAUGAUUCCGGACUGCGCAACAGCAGCGAUCGCGAUAGCGUCGGAGGAGAGCUCAACUUUAACGACGGCACUUGCGAUAACGGACCCUGCAUCACCGUCGAUCCCGACAGCAUUUCUCUAGUCUCUAGCCAGAACAUGUACCAAUUUGGCACACCCAAGGAACGCAGUCCUACACUCUCUCCUCUGAAUUCCGGCGCCUAUUCCAGAUCUGUGGAACAGCUCUCACCGGAUGCUGAGGGACCCGGCGGUGCUGGCGCCAUAACCCGUAAGUUUGGCAACAAAGGUGGACCGCUGGGUGCACGGAACGGACGCGGAGGCACCUGGGGCAGCAUCUCUCGGGUCUUUGCACGCUCCCGGAACAAGAGUAAGGCGCUGUCCACUGAUGGCGUGAGCGAGUACAGUGACUACUCGUGGAAUCCCCUGUCCGAGGAGGGAUAUGCUGAGAAACUGCGACUCCUGCGAGAGGCAUCCCAGUUGCCCAUCGAGCGCUGGCGGGCGACGCAGGUGCUGGCCUGGCUGGAGGUUGCCCUGGGCAUGCCACAAUACAGUGCACGCUGUGCGGAGAAUGUGAAGAGUGGCAAAGUGCUGCUCGAGCUGAACGACGUGGAACUGGAGGCAGGAUUGGGCCUAGCGCAUCCGAUGCACCGCAAAAAGCUGCGUCUGGCCAUCGAGGAGCAGCGACGUCCGGAGCUGGUGCGAUAUCCACUGAUCACUCAACUGGGCCACACCUGGGUGGCUUCCGAGUGGUUGCCGGACAUUGGGUUGCCACAGUAUGCGGAGCCCUUCCUGCAAUCGCUGGUCGAUGCCCGCAUGCUGGACACGCUCUCCAAGAAGGAGCUGGAGAAGUUUCUCGGCGUGACGCGCAAGUUCCAUCAGGCCAGCAUAGUGCAUGGCAUCCAUGUUCUGCGAAUCGUCAAGUAUGACCGUCAGACCCUGGCCAUGAGGCGAGUGCAGUCGGAAACUGUGGACACGGAUCCUAUUGUUUGGACGAACCAACGGUUCAUUCGCUGGGUGCGCUCCAUUGACCUGGGCGAGUAUGCAGAUAAUCUCAAGGACAGCGGCGUCCAUGGCGGACUUGUGGUGUUGGAGCCAUCAUUUUCGGGCGAUACCAUGGCCACGGCUCUGGGCAUUCCUCCAUCGAAGAACAUAAUACGUCGCCAUCUGAACACGGAAUUCGAUGCCCUUAUCCUGCCUGCAAGAGCAACUUUGGGUCAAGGCAUACGUUCCGGUUGCGGCAUAGUGCCCCUAACAGGACCCGGCGGACUACAGCACUAUGCCACAACAGAUCGACGAUCGAGUGGCAACUUGCGGAUUUCGGCAUGGAAAGGAUCUCAGAGUUCUCUUUCAAAAGCCUUUCGCUUCAACACAAAAUCCAAUCGGGCCGGCGAUCGCAGCUCCUUCGGAAACUCCACCUCCCCAACGCCAUCGUACAGCAGCAGCGAGGGCGGCGGAGGAAUAUACGCUACCAUAGGUCCACACCAGCUGCAGUCGCUUCAUCAUCCACCUCACCACUUCCUACCACCACCCACAACCGCACCGCCACCACCACCCAUCACUGGCAGCUCCAACUAUGGCCCACCUCCAGCCGGACAUCGUGUAAGCGCCCCGCCCGUCGGCAAUGUCCUGGAUCCCAACGGACCAGAUGCUCAUCUGCUCUACGAGCAGAACAGUCGACGAGUGAAGAGCAUCAGCGACAUCGGUGUGGCAAGCAGCGGCAGCAUGGGAGCAUGUAGUCUAGGUGGCAUAUCUGCAUCUUCUGACUCGCCCGAAUGAACAACAAAUGAUUGAAGAAAUUAGAUUAAAGAGUCUCCUAGUAAUAGAUAGAUAGGUGAGAAAUUUCAGAUUACACGUACUUGUAUCUUCAUUCCCUUCAUCUGAGCUUGAAUUCCAACCAAAGUGAUAAGUUAAGAGAUAUAUAAUAACUACUGAUUAGCAAUUGUAUAAUAAACUGGAUUCAAUUACAUUCAACAUAAGACCCACCUUAAAGACAUGAUGAGCGAAAUACUUGUGCAUUCAAAAGAUACAUAUGUCAAGAUACAGAUACAAUUACACGACAACAACAAGUGCAACAUCUACUAAACAUAUUUGAUUAAAUCAGAUGAAACUAUUGCAGAGAAUAAACUUAAUAUUAAUAUUCAUGAAUAUCUAAUAUCUGUAAAUAGGCUAAGUUCGAAUCGUAUGCAUGCAAUUAAGAGCAGGCAAUUAAUUAAUUAAAUUAAUUUGGCACAGAGCCAACGGAGUUGCAACUGAAAACAAUUGAACUUUAUUAGCCUAAUAAGAAGAAAUUUAAUUUUAUUGAUUUAAUUAUACUUAUAUAUGUAUUUGAUGAUAAUGGAAAUGUAAAUGCACACAAUCGAAAAACAAAUUGUUGUGUGUGAAUGUAAUAAAUUUUAAAUUGCGCAGAUUGGAUUGAAUUGGAUUUGAAAUAAUAUAAAUGCAUUGCAACUGCAAUUUAGAUAAAUUGAAAUUAUUUUGUAAGCUACCCUUCUACCCUUACCAAAGCCUAACCUAUCCUAACCGAAUCAAUAAAUGUAGCUAAACAAAUGAACCCCGACGAAUAUUAAAAUUAAAUAAACUGCAGAAUUGUGCAAAUUGUAAAUGGCUAUAAAAAUAAGUUUGAUCGUAAUUUAUACAGACAUACCUAAAUAAAUAUAGAUUUAAUUGAAAUUAAAUAAUGCAUAUGUACUUUCCACACCGCAAAUCAAAUCAAUUGAGAUUAACGAAAUGAUACGCAAUAUCCGCAUUCCACAAUAGUUAAAGUAUUAAUCCUGUAGAUCCAACCAACAACUGACAUCCUGUAUCAUUGUCCUUCCUACCAUUGCAAUUCCUAAGAUAUAUAUUGUAUCAAUAAUAAGAGAUGUUUAUGUUUAAGCAGACCAAUUUAAUUCUAGCAUUACAAACCGGUAAAACUAACGAAUAAACAAAACCAAAUAAACAAAACUAAACUGUA